UCAUUUGACAUAAUGACGUGGUUGAAACUGUGUGUGAAAAAAGAACAAUAAAUUACUGAUGCCGACACAAUUAGUAAUCCUAUUAAUUAAUUAAUUUUGAUUUGUAAACAAGCUUGUUUUAUAUAUAUAUCUAUUUAUAUAAAUCAUUGGCAGCAGGCAGUGAUACUUAAAACAACACAUUGACAGCUGAGUCAAAGAGGAAAACAAGCACUUUGUAAGAGCAAGAGGAAGAAGGUCGGGUUCAGGCGGAGAACGUCACAGGCAAAGGCAAUGAAAUAAUUUCCAUCUGAACAAAUAUGUUUUCGAGUUUGCUGGUGUGUGCAACUAAUUAAUAGACGACGUGUGACAACGCAACAAAUUUAUACAACAACAACGACGACGUUCACAAUUGCUGCGAGAGCCAGCGAGAGAGAAAGAGAGAGGUUGUGCUUGUGGCUGUGAUUGGGAUUGUGGAGCGGGCAGCGGUUAGUGCUCAAGCACGCUGCACCACCAACAACAACAACAUUAGCAACAAUGAUGAAUGAAGAUAGCGGCAGCGGAGGCUCAACGUCGUCCGGCGGCGCCGGUGGCGUUAAAAGGUUCUUUGUGCGCCUAACACAGAUCUAUCAAUCGUCACUGGAUCGCUCCACGCCACACACACGAAUGCGUUGGGUGUUUGCCGCCUUUCUCAUGUUGCUGUUUGUGUUGCGCAUCUUCAUUUACCAGGGCUGGUACAUUGUGUGCUAUGCGCUGGGCAUCUAUCACCUGAACCUGUUCAUUGCAUUUCUGACGCCCAAAAUCGAUCCCGAAUUUGAUCCGUAUGCGCAGGAUGAUGAGGACGAUGGUCCGAAUUUGCCAACGCAUAGCAAUGAGGAGUUUCGACCGUUUAUACGACGGUUGCCUGAAUUUAAAUUCUGGCUGUCAGUGGCGAAGAGUACGGCAAUUGGAUUAUUCUGUACGUUCUUUGACUUCUUCAAUGUGCCCGUCUUUUGGCCAAUUCUGGUGAUGUACUUCAUAACACUGUUCUGCAUCACAAUGAAACGACAGAUUAAGCAUAUGAUCAAGUACAAGUAUUUGCCAUUUACACGCAACAAGCCGCGCUAUCAGCGUGUCAACGAGCCAGCGCCUGCUGGCGCCCAUCUCGUAGGCAAUUCAAAGUGACAAUUAGCCGCACAGACGCCGGAAACACAAGCGACAACAUCUGCAGCGGGAGCAACAGCAGCAGCAACAACAGCAGCAGCAGCAACAUCUGCAACGGCGAUAGCAACAACUGGGGACAUGUCAUCGGCAGUUUCAACGACUGCGGGCGCGUCAACAGCCGCUGCUAAAUCACCGCAAAUCAUAGCAAUUGAGGAUUAUUAGCAAGUUAGGAUCGUGAACUAAGUGAAACAGAAAAAAGAAAAACCCAAAACAGAGAAGAAGAAUUCAACAUUUGCUUUUAAAUUUUGGGUUUUCGUUGAUUUAGCUUGAUUUUGAUUUGCUAAUUUAUUGAGUUUGUCGUGCGGCGUUUUGUGCAAAGCAUUGUUUAUUGUUUUCUUUUUAGUUUGAUGAUUAAUUACUUUACUACAUGCAUAUAUAUAUAUAUAUAUUUAUAUUUGUUCCCCAAAACAAACAGUUCAAGCUUUUAGCCAGCAAAUUCUUAUUUAAAUUUAUUGUAUUGUACUACCUUAACAUAUGUAAACAUUAUUUUAUGUUUCUCAAAUCCAAAAAGUAGAUUUACUCUAUUUAACAAAUAUUUUUUGAUUACACACAUUGGAUAUAGAUAUGUAUUUUUUUAUGUGCAUAUAUUUAUUUAUAUAUGCAUAUAUAUUUUGUUAGCGUCAACUAUACAAAAUGUUAGAAUGAAAAAAACGAACUAAGGCAGGUUUAAACUGGGUGCGUCAUAUGAAUAAAAUUAAAACAAAUUGAAAACUAAA